AUGGUUGAUGGAAGAAGAAGAUGUCCUUUCUGUCCAUUUCGGUCCUUUGCUCAACUUCGACUUCUCCGAACUCAUGUGCACAAGCACCACACCGCAAAGAAUCAGUUCGUGUACUCCGGGACCAAGCAGGUCAAAGUCAUUCUGGCACUCUAUGACCAUGCUGCGUCGUCCCAGACGUCUGUAUCGGAUUUCUUGCAGGCGAGUGCAUCUCUGAUGCGGAGAACCAUAGAGCCUGCCCUCGGAGAGCGCAUCAGUUACAUAGACAAGCAGAUAAGGCUGGUUCUCGAUGCAACGGGACCUCGAUAUGUCAAUCUGUCAGCAAUUGGUUCCACACUGCAUGUCAGACGAGCACGCAAUCUCUACUACACACACUCCUUCGCCGACCUGCUGCUCCGUGAAAUGAUCAUGGGACAUGCCCAGGUGAGAACUCUGGCCGUUCGAUGCCACAUGGCGGCCAUGGAAGCAGGGAGCAGACUGUCCACUCUCCUCCCCACAUGGACUACACGCUGGACGCCCAUGCUGGAGGAUAUCGCCAGCUCCAAUGCUUUCCAAAACAAAAUGGAGAAAAUGACGGAAGCCCUCAUGUGCGGCGAUGAGUGGCAUUAUAUUAGUAUGGAUGCCACUCUCAAACUCUGCAUGAAGGUGAUCUGCCCGAACCUGAAGUCUCUCAUGCUGGACCCGAUUCACUUGGCGAUCGUGUACGAGUACGGAUUUUGGAACAAGAAGAGUGCUGGUUCUAAACAACUUCGCCGCAUUCUCCUGAAAUUCGUUGCCGUGGACACGACUACAGACCAGCAGUACUGGCAGUCGCCGUUUGACGGCAGCAUGGCGCGACCCCUUGGUGACGAAGAAAGCAGAGUGAGGAACAUGAUCCUCGACUGCUCGAUGUCCGACAGCGACACGGCUCGCCUGCUGGACAGUCUCAAUCCGGAUGUGCCCUUCAUGCGUCGCCUUGAUUUCAUCAAAGCGGUGGCUGCAUUAUGCCGUCGGUACAAAAAUGAGGUCACACGCAAAGCGGCGGGCCCCAACAAGGAGAUCAACAA